AUGAAGACAAAUAUCAUCUCAUGGAAUGUUAAUGGGUUACUCGACAUUACCAAGAGAGACAGUCUACAAGUUCUCCUCAGAAUGUGGAAGCCAGAUAUCAUUUGUUUGCAAGAAACCCAUGUAAAGGGUUGGAAGAGACAUCAAGUGAAACAACUGUGGGGAGCAAAUAAUUUUAAUUAUGUUGCAUUGGAUUCCAUUGGGCGGUCUGGAGGUAUUAUCAUUAUAUGGAACACCAAUACAAUCAAUGUGAUUGAUUUUCUUCUUGGUGCUUUUUCCAUUUCUGUUAGAUGCAACUACAUAAAUGAUGAUUUUGUGUGGAUGCUCACUUCUGUUUAUGGUCCUGUCCACGAUUUUGAAAAGGAUCAGUUUUGGGAUGAACUUAGGGAUAUGCGCACUAUUUGGGAUGAUCCUUGGGUUCUUUCUGGAGAUUUCAAUUGCACUAGGUUUGCCAAUGAAAGGUCGGAGCCUCAAGUUAUUACCAGGUCAAUGCGCAGAUUUGCUUCUCUUGUGCGCAACCAUCAGCUCAUGGAUUUACCUCUUGUAGGUAGUCAUUUCACUUGGUCCAGAAAUACGUCGUGGAGUAAAAUCGACAGAUUCGAAAAAAUAUGGCUUCAAGAUGAUUCUCUUAGGGGGCUUAUGGAAACUUGGUGGCAUUCUUUUUCAUUCACUGGAACUCCUGGGUUUAUUCUUGCUAAGAAAAUGCAAGCUCUUAAAGAGAAGCUAAAAGUAUGGAACAGGGAUGUCUUUGGCAAGAUUGAUAGACUGGUGCAGGCUAAUCUUAUUUCCAUUCAAGGCAUUUUUGCACAACUGGCGCUUGAUCCUAAUAACGCUCAAUUGUUGGAUGACCAAAUUAUUGCUGCAGCUGAUUUAAAAAGACUUGCCAAGAUGCAUAGUGAUUUCUGGAAACAAAGAACUAACAUCAAUUGGGUUGAAGAGCAUGAGAACAAUACUCAUUUUUCCAUAAAUAUGCUUCCGCUAGUCAAAGAAACAAGAGUUUUUCCCAACUCAAGAUCAAUGGGGUUAUGA